AUGUCUCUUGGGGCAUCUGAUCAUAGAGCUAUUCAGCCUGACAAUGAUGACAUUGAAAGCAGGAUUGAAGCAGAAACGUUAGCCCGGAUGCACAAACAGCUGGAAGAUAGGAGAAGUUUUCUUCAGAGGACAACAAGCCGCAGGAGUUCAGUAUGUAUAUACAGAGUGCCUCCCAGCCUCACAGAAGUCAGCGCUAACACCAUAGCGCCUGAGAUCGUGUCUAUUGGGCCUUACCAUCGUGAUCGAGACACGGUCUUGAAAUUUGAGAACUACAAAUGGAGCUUUCUUGACUAUGUCCUAUCCUUCACCAGGAGGAACGGAAAUGAUCUGGACAAGAUCAUACGAUCCAUGUCAGACUUGGAAAGAAGCGCAGAUGCUACUCUAAUUUCAAGCGCAGACUUUGUUGAGAUGAUGAUACUGGAUAGCUGCUUUAUUCUUGGGUAUAUGUAUUUAUACACGAGCCAAGAAGACGAACCCACUUUCUCUAUUCCAAUUGUCACCAGAGACCUACUAAAGCUUGAGAAUCAAACCCCAUUUUUCAUUCUUGAAAUGAUGUAUGAUCUUAUGAAGACUAUCAAUGGUGAUUCACUAGAAUUACUUGCCUUGAAAUUCUUCAAUCUGAAAUUGCCAAGGAGAGAUGAAGAAAUUCUCAAAUCAACAUACACACCACCAUAUUCAGAUCAGUCAAUCCAAUGCGUGACGCUGCUACAAAGAUCUGGAAUCAAGAUCAGGCGAGUAAAAGCAAACAGCUUCCGGGAAAUAAAUUUCAAGAAAGCCACACUUCAGAUCCCGUCCAUUGCCAUCAAUGACUACACCACCACCCUCUUCAUCAACUGCAUCGCACUGGAACGGUGCACCCCCCAUAUUCGAACACACUUCUCAGCUUAUAUUGCCUUCAUGAGUUGCCUGAUCAAUUCCACCAGAGAUGUCACUCUUCUUGGCCAAGAUGGAAUUAUCACCAGUUUUUCACAGGAUGACCAAGACAUCCUUUUUCUGGUAGGUAUACAAACUGUAAUAGUCAUUUUGAAACACAUAGCGUAG